UUUUAAUACUUUUUGCCAUGCAAUUUUCGUAAUUGUCUUAAUAAUACUCUCAGGAUAGGGAUAUGCACAUGUUCAGCAAACUUAGGCGAUUACACAUCGACAUGCAUCAUCACACAUCGAAAAUCAAUCUUCUUUUGCUGAUUUCAAUUCUGAAACACUGUCCCCUUGUACAGGAGUUUCACUUGAAUGUAAAUUUUGAAGGUGUUGAGGGACCGCGAGUGGAAAAGCAAGACGUGGUAGUAUUUCAUCCGGAGCUGAAGAAAGUGGAAAUCGGUGGAUUUGAGGGGACGGAGUACGAGAUGGAGUUAGCGUUGUACGUACUUAAAAGUGCGAUAAAACUGGAGAAAAUGCACAUAAGUAAGUGUUUUAGGGAGUACCGGCCAUCUCUCGAUGGAGCUGGACCUGGCAGGUGGCGCGUCAUACGUAGAACUCCGUGGAGUUUGAAGAUGCAGGGAAUGAUUCACAGUAAAUUGCAAGGACAAGCUGUUUCCAAGACUGCACAACUCACUAUUCAACACAAACCCCCCUUUUUUUAACCUUGGAACAUCUACUACCUAAUUCCGCGCUAACACUCUCGAUUUUUAGUUUGAUUUCACGAAUCGUGAAUCAUAAUUCCUAAUGACCAUCGGCCCGUGUCACUCGGGAAGGUUCCGGUUCUAGUAUAUGUUGACAUUAAGAAUUUAAAUACUUCAUUUAUUUCUUUUUUUCCCAUUUAAAAAUAAUUUAUUUAUUACAAAAUAUUAUUGUCUUUCAAAAAUUACCGGUUCAAUAAUCGGCAUGUAACAAAUUUUGGUUCG